AUGAAUCUCCUCUCCUGCCUCAUGGCUCUGCUCCUCUUCCUCCUCCAGGCUCUUCCAGGUCUCAGCUUGCCCAGAGACACCUCACGUUGUGUUGGCUACCACGGGUACUGCAUCCGUUCCAAAGUCUGCCCCAAACCAUUUGCUGCAUUUGGAACUUGCUCUUGGCGUCAGAAAACCUGCUGUGUAGACACUACAUCAGACUUCCAUAAUUGUCAAGAGGAGGGAGGCCAUUGUGUAUCUCCAAAAAUCAGAUGUCUGCAAGAACAGCUGGGACUUUGCCCUCUAAAAAAAUGGAAGUGCUGCAAAGAAAUAUAA